AAGAGUGGAGUCACGGAAAACCAUCAUGAUGAAUCACUCCUCUUUGGACAUCACUAUAAUAUUCACUUCAUAUGGAUCCUUUCGCCCAAUCAAUUACUUGUUUUUCACUCUGACUUUUAUUUUCUACCUCCUCUCAGUUUUUUGUAAUGUUUUUCUGAUGCUGGUCAUCUAUUUUGAUUCCAGCCUACACAAGCCCAUGUAUAUUUUUUUGUUUAACUUGGCAGCAAACGGACUGAUAGGAAGCUCUGCUGUCUGGCCUAAAGUCAUGGAGAACCUUCUUUCAGACACUCAGAAGAGCUCACUGGCAGGUUGCCUGGUUCAGAUCUUUUGGGGAUAUUUCUAUUUAACUUCUGUGUAUACCACUUUUUCGGUCAUGGCCUACGACCGAUACGUCUCCAUUUGCAAGCCUUUGCAGUACCACAGCAUCAUGACUCCCGGAAAAGUGAAAACACUGUUGACUGCGGCCAACGUUGUUCCUCUCGUCUCUAUAACCAUCCUUGUGUGUUUGACUUCAAGACUGCCGCUAUGCAAGAACACCAUUCACAAGCUGUUUUGUGAGAACCUAGGAAUUGUUAACCUCUCCUGUGUGAAAAGUGCUCUGGUUAAUCUGUAUGGCGUUUGCAUGGUUACGAUCUUAGUUGGUUUCCCUUGUAUUGUCGUGCUGCUCUCAUACGCAGUGAUCCUCAAUGUGAGCCUGAAAGCCUCAAAAGACGCACAAAAGAAAGCACUCAGCACAUGCUCUCCGCAUUUAAUCACCUUUGUUAAUUUUGCCCUGGCUUCUCUAUUCUCUGUGAUUUAUAAUCGAUACAGUUCAUACCUACCAGAACAGGUUAACAUAUUAAUUAUUGUAGACACUUUUGUGAUCCCCCCUCUGUUGCAUCCAAUUAUAUAUGGUAUCAGAACACAGGAGAUCAGGAAAUGUAUCGCUAAAACAGUGAGGAAAAAAGAAAGAUUUUUCUGGUUUUUUUGAGCUUUUUCCUUUUUUGUGGAGUUCAGAUUGAAAUCGGUUCCACUCAAUGUGCAUUUCAAUGAUUAAAUCAACUAGAGAACAUCAUUCAUAAAAUAAAUCACAGAUAUUUUUGUGAUUCCCCAUCUGUUGAAUCCAAUCAAAUACAGGAUGAGAAUACAAUAAAUAAGGAAAUGUAUUGUUAAAAUCAGCAAGGAAAAAGAAGCUAUUAAAAUGUUUUUAAAGUUACAUCCUGUGAAGUUCAGGUUGCAAUCAGCUUCAUGCUAUAUGCUUUACAACAAUAAAAUCAACUAGGAAACACAAUUCAUAAAAUAAAACAUUAGAUGCCAAGAUAACGCUGCUCAUAAAAGCUUUGUACUUUAUGAGCUGAUUAAAUAUAAAAUGAUUCAUACUGAUUCCAAGCCAGACAAUUUUCAGCAUCAUGCAGUUUUUGAGUACAGCUUUGUACCCAACAAACAAAAUGGUAAGGCUUUUCAGAUGUUUCAGAAAGUACCAUUUCCACCAGGUUCUAUGUGGUACAACAUAUAAUUCUCAUAUUAUAAUGACUAUUGCCAAAAACAGUAUUUAUGCUUAUGUUUAUGAUUUGUUUGUGAAACCAGCCCAUCUCCCUCUCAUUGUCUUAUUUUUCAUGACUAUCCAGCAGCCAUGAUAAAGGUCACAAGUCACCACUGGUGCAAGUGCAUAUAAAUAAAAUUUGGUAAUGGCACAUUCUUAUAAAAAGGUGGAGUUUUAAACUUCUUUGAUUAUGUGUGACCUCUGUCUAAUGCCAGUCUUUAAUGGUAGAAGAUACUCUGGUCUCAUUGUGCAGUAUUAAUGACCUCUGAAGUAUAAUGUGUGCUACUGUGACAAAUAAUGAAUGUACAUUCAGCAAAGAAAAAGUGUGAUGGAUGUUUUGGCUUUUUGUUUUUA